AUUUUCAAGCAGAAAGGACGUGCCAAGUGGGCAAAGUCUCUUUUCAUUCUGUAAAGUUAAGUGAAAUAAUUUUAGGUUCACAGACUUUUUUGCUCCAUCAUGAACAAUUUACCAGCUAAUACUGGGCACUCGCGUGGACGUGGGCGCGGAAAUAUGCGAAGCGAAGACGCUGUGCGAGGACUUGGUCCACAACUGGGCCAAGCUGAGCGUGUCGCGCAUGUGCCGCAACGUCCAUCAUCCGGCUCGAGCCAGACCGAAACUGUGAGAUCCACAACGGAUCCAACCUGUGCCGAUGGCGCUGAGGGUGAUCCUCGUGGAUCUGUGCGUGGGCGCCGACUCAUGACCGAAGUGGUGCACUCACGGCCCUCUGGUCUGGCCACAAAGAAUGGAAAGGUUGGCACCAAAGUAACCGUGCAAACCAAUUACUUUAAAGUAUUGAAGCGUCCUAAUUGGACUAUCUAUCAAUACCGCGUGGAUUUUGAACCCGAUGUGGACAAUACACGCUUGCGUCGUGGCCUCUUGAGUGAACACCAAAACAAGCUUGGCGGAUAUCUAUUCGAUGGCACUGUAUUGUUUUGUACAGUCCAAUUCAAAGAAAACCCAAAUAGUCCAUAUGUACUGGAAAUGCUAACGCAGAGUCGGCAGGGAGAGAAGUUUACCAUUAAAAUAAAGAGCGUGGGCACUGUUGAGGCUGCUGAUAGCCAGCAGCUUCAGGUGCUCAACCUGAUACUGCGGCGUUCUAUGGAAGGAUUGAAACUCCAGGAGGUUUCACGUAAUUUCUUUGAUCCACAAGCUAAGGUGAUUUUGGAUAAAUAUCGCUUAGAGUUAUGGCCGGGUUAUACCACAUCUAUUCGUCAACAUGAACAUGACAUUUUACUUUGCGCUGAGAUAACUCACAAGGUUAUGCGAACUGAUAGUUUGUUGAAUGUGCUAUCUAUUUGUCUACAAAAUUGCGAUGAUUAUCGAAUGGGUUUCAAACGUGAAGUUAUAGGUCUUAUUGUUUUGACUGAUUAUAACAAUAAAACGUAUCGUGUGGAUGAAGUCGAUUUCGAUUCGAGCCCCUUGUCCAAGUUCAGCACCAAAGACGGCGACAUCUCUUAUGUGGAAUACUACAAAAAGCGGUACAACAUUACCAUACGAGAUUACAAGCAACCGCUUCUGAUUUCGAGACCUACCGAGAAGAAUGUGCGCGGUGGUGCUACCCAACUAAUUAUGUUGCUACCUGAGCUAGCACGCUCCACUGGCCUAACUGACGAGAUGCGCUCAAACUUUCAAUUGAUGAGGGCUAUGAGCGAGCAUACUCGUUUGGCACCAGAUCGGCGAAUUGAUCGUUUGCGCGUCUUCAAUCAACGCUUGCAGAAUUCCAAGGACAGCGUUGAAUGUAUGAAGUCGUGGCAUAUUGAUUUGGAUAAAGCUUUGGUUGAAAUACCAGCACGUGUCCUGCCACGCGAAUCAAUUUUGUUUGCCAAUAACUCGCGUUUUCAAUGCGAUGCACGUGCGGAUUGGACACAUCAAUUUCGAGAUCGCGCCAUGUUCAAGCAUGUGGACAUUAAGCGUUGGUACGUUAUCACACCAAAGCGCAAUCUUCAAGAAACGAAAGAGUUUGUAAAGCUUCUAAGGCGCGUGGGAGCUGGCAUGAAAAUGGCUGUGAACGAGCCUCGAUAUGAUGAGUUGCCAGAUGAUAGAAAUGGUACAUAUUCUCAAUCCAUUUUAAACGCCACCGCUGCAGAUCCCCAGCUACUCAUGGUCGUCAUCCGUAUGCCUAACGAAGAAAAGUACAGCUGCAUAAAAAAACUCACCUGCGUGGAUCGCCCAGUGCCUUCCCAGGUCGUUACACUAAAAGUAAUUGCGCCACGUGCAGAUCGUGCUAGUGGUCUGAUGUCCGUUGCCACCAAGGUUUUAAUUCAAAUGAAUGCAAAACUAAUGGGAGCACCAUGGAUGAUAGAAUUGCCUCUGCGAGGCUUGAUGACAGUCGGAUUUGAUGUUUGCCACUCACCAAGGAACAAAAAUAAUUCCUAUGGUGCUCUCGUGGCUACAAUGGACAUGAAGCAAUCCGCCAGAUACUUUUCGUCGGUAACGGAGCACUCCAAAGGACAGGAGCUCUCGAAUCAAAUGGCAUUAAACAUGACGUGUGCCCUUAAAGCUUAUCGUGCGGAGCAUGGUGCUCUGCCAGAGCGCAUACUUUUCUAUCGUGAUGGCGUUGGUGAUGGUCAGCUACACCAGGUUGUGAAUACUGAAGUGAAGGUCUUAAAAGACCAAUUGGACAAAAUUUAUAAAUCGGCUGGCAAGGCAGAAGGUUGUCGCUUAUGCUUCAUAGUCGUGUCAAAGCGGAUUAAUACACGUUAUUUCGUAAACAAGCAAAACCCGGAGCCAGGAACUGUAGUUGAUGACAUCAUAACGUUACCGGAGCGUUAUGAUUUCUUCUUAGUUUCCCAAUCCGUACGACAGGGCACCGUAUCGCCCACGAACUAUAAUGUCAUAUGGGACAAUAUGGGUCUAGAUGCGGAUAAAAUUCAAUUGCUGUCUUAUAAAAUGACACACAUGUACUAUAAUUGGUCGGGCACCUGCCGUGUCCCAGCUGUAUGCCAGUAUGCCCAUAAGUUGGCUUUUUUGGUUGCCGAGAGUCUUCAACGUGCUCCAUCCGCUGGUUUGGAAAACCAACUUUACUUUUUGUAAUGCCGUGCAUUUAAAUAAUUUACCAUAAUUUUAUAAUAAUAUAAAAAUAAUUAUUGACGGUCCGUUG